AAUAGCUAAUCCACAAAUAUCAAGACCAUGAACUCUUUUAUACUUUCUCAUUUUAAUGGUUAAUGGCAGAUGAUGUUUUCCCUGAACAAAAGUAUAACGUCUUCACCAUUAGGUGUAUACUGUAACGUGCACGGAUAAUACAAUACUACCAAGACACUGCCAUCUGUGGCUGAAUAUGCUAAACCUAUUUCCCAAUGUUUGCAGAAGCUGCUGGGAUUUAGCAGUGCGUCUGAAUUGAUCAUGGAGCCCAUAACGCAUCGGGUCUGUCAGAAGUUCUUGCCCAGAGUCCUGGGGGUUACGUGCAGGAACCGUUCAAGCUCUGCCUCAAAUCCUGCCCCAAUUUACUCCAGAUGUGCCACACACCUGGUGUCCCGCAUCUACCAGCCCUCCAACCUGCGUGACAUGGUGCAGGACAGCCGGUCCCCUGACGAGAUGAUCUGCAAGAGCCAGAGGCUGAUGCAGCAGGCCGGUCUCAUCCAUCCCUUCAACCCAGGCUGCUACUUCUACCUCCCUACCAUCGUGCGCUCCAUGGAGAAGUUGGUGCGGCUGAUUGACCAGGAGAUGGAGGGUAUUGGUGGACAGAAGCUGGACAUGCCCAGUCUAUGUUCAGCUGACCUGUGGAAAUCGAGUGAGCGUUGGGACCUGAUGGGAAAGGAGCUUUUUCGUCUGAAGGACCGCCAUGGAGCAGACUACUGCCUCGGUCCCACACAUGAGGAAGCAGUGACGACUUUAGUGGCUUAUCAGAGUACCAUGUCUCACAGACAGCUUCCUCUGCUUCUCUACCAGAUCACCCGGAAAUUCAGAGAUGAGCCCAAGCCAAGGUUUGGGCUUCUUCGAGGGAGGGAAUUCUACAUGAAAGACAUGUAUUCAUUUGAUAUGAAUGAAGAAGCUGCUUACCAGACCUAUGAGUCGGUGUGCCAAGCAUACACCAGGCUAUUUUCUCGGCUUGGCCUACGCUGCGUCCAGGUGCAAGCAGGCACAGGGAAUAUUGGAGGAAAACUCUCUCAUGAGUUCCAGCUGCCAGCAGACAUAGGUGAAGACAGGUUGCUGGUUUGUGGGACCUGCUCCUUCUCCGCCAAUGAAGAAACCAUGUCAUCAAGGCAAACUAACUGCCCCCAGUGCAAGACCGGCAAACUGGUUGAGUCAAAAGGUAUAGAGGUAGGCCACACCUUCUACCUGGGCACAAAGUAUUCUCAUAUAUUCAAUGCAGCCUUCAGCAACUCUCAAAACAAGCCUACCAUCAUUGAGAUGGGCUGCUUUGGACUUGGAGUUACCCGUAUUCUUGCUGCAGCCAUUGAGGUGAUGUCCACAGAAGAGGGUAUCCGUUGGCCUGGGCUUCUAGCACCUUACCAGGUUUGUGUUCUGCCCCCUAAGAAAGGCAGUAGGGUGGAUGAGGUUGCCGGCUUGGCUGUAGAACUGGCACAAACUCUGGGAGGGACUCUGCCUCAUUUGAGGGGUGAGGUGGUUCUCGAUGACCGUACCCAGAUGACCAUUGGUAAGAGACUGAAGGAUGCCCAGCGGCUGGGCUACCCUUAUGUUGUUGUGGUUGGGCAAAGCACUCUAGAGGAAACACCAAAAUUUGAAGUGAUCUGUCAGCAGACAGGAGAAACAAUGUUUCUUGGUAAAGAUGGACUGGUGGACCUUCUACAAAGAGUGGAAACCAUAUGAAUGAUAACUGGGAAAACAGAUUUUGUGUUUGCAUGGGUACUUGGAAAUUUGCAUUGGAGUGUGUAUUGUGGUUUAAGUCAAUGCUGGUGGAAGAAGAAUGGCAAAGCCCUGUUUCUGUAGGUUGUAAACUGUGACUUUAAAAAAAAAACCCCAAUUAAUGUUUGUUUGUUUCUUCGUUUUUUUUUUUGUUUUUUUUUUACUUUGUGAAACUAUUACUACCAAGUAACGCAAGUCAUAAGUUUGCUUACUGGCUGCAUUAGUGAACUCAGUAAGAUGUCAUGUCACAGGUGUUUCUAGAUUGGUGGCUGGACCAGACUGGUGUUGGAAUGCUGUGAUUAAUUUAUGACGAGAAAGAGUGUCUGUGAAUGUUCUCAUUCAUCCUGGUCAUGGUUAUCCAAAGGAGUUGAAUCAAGUGCAACUGGACUUGGUAUAUUGCACUUGAUUCAACUCCUUUGGAUGACGAGAAAGAGUGUUACAAGUUGUUUAACAGUCUUGAACACACCAAAGCCAAUGAAAAUAAAGACCUACUGAGUUCAACUGAACUCGUUUUUUUUCUGGUUUACUUAAA